GGGAGGAUUCAGACCUGGUCACAUUAUGAGUUAUGUUCUCUCAGACAGCUCAGUAAACGGCUGAUAAAAAUGCUUCAUGGGUUACUUUUGUUUGGUUUGUGCUUCUGGCGUCUCGUUGGUGUGUUUGGGGUUGAGGCAGAUGAAAUCGAGUCGUUGUUGGUGAUAGAGGGCGAUUCUGUCUCCCUACCGACUGGUGUGACUAAAAUACAAGAGGACGAUCUGAUCAUGUGGACAUGCGGAGACUAUUGCAUCGCUAAACUCAACAUUUCAUCCGAAGUCAUCGCUGAAACUCAUGACAGAUUCAGAGACAGACUGCAGCUGGAUCAUCAGACUGGAUCUCUGAUCAUCACAAACACCAGAACCACAGACUCUGGACUUUAUAAAGCACAGAUGAUUGGACAACAAGUGUCUAGGAAAACUUUCAAUGUUACUGUCAUUGCUCGUCUUCCCGUUCCUGUCAUCACCAGUUACUGUCCUCAAAAUCCUCCAUCAGGAUCAUCAGCGUCCAGAUGUGUGCUGCUGUGUUCAGUGGUGAAUGAGAGUCAUGUGACUCUCUCCUGGUACAAAGGAAACAGUUUAUUGUCCAGCAUCAGUGUGUCUGAUCUCAGCAUCAGUCUCUCUCUACCUCUGGAGGUGGAAUAUCAGGAUAAAAACAGCUACAGCUGUGUGCUCAACAAUCCCAUCAGCAACCAGACUCAACAUCUGGACAUCACUACACUCUGUCAACCAUGUUCAGAAUGUGUCUGCUGUUGCAAUUCGACUGAAGCUGUGAUCCAAUUGGUCGUCUCUGCUCUGGUGGGCGUGGCUAUUGUUGUCGUUCUGGUUUAUGACAUCAGAUCCAGAAAAGCUGAAGAGAAAAGAAGAGCUCGGAAAUCAUCAUCAGAUCAUAACUGACUUACUGUAACAAGAAUAUUAAAAAUGGGAGCUGGGUAGUAACUUUCAUCUUCAAAUAUACCUUUUUUAAAAAGCCUACUGCUAUUCUGAAUUCUGAAUAUACUGUAUAUUCACAAAGUCUUCCAGUUUUGUGGACAUUCACACAGAGACCAGUCUCUAGUCAAGUGGCUAUAACUCAAGAGGACAUACAGCAUAAGUAAUUUUUAUAAACUUGCCUUAAAACAACAUUACUGAUGCCCCUAUGAAUACCCAGUUUGCUCAGAGCUAAUAAAGAAUUUUGAUUCUAGUGCAAUCACAUUUAAAGCUCUGCUUACUUAACACUUUCUGCUGUUCUUGUGGUCUUGGUAGGUAGCAGACCUGACAGGAAGUUGGUUAGUUUUGCAAAAAAAAACAACAACUUAUGACUUCAGAAGAACUUGCCCUUUACUGGCAGUACAUAAAUACUUUUACACAAAACUUUCAGAAAGUUUUCUAUGGCCUAAACUGACCUACGGGAACUUUUGAACUUUUGCACACUUACACACUUCUGUUUGAGAACCAAGUUUACUUUUUAGCAACCCACCACAGUAAAAGUCUUCUAUGGCUGUGUAUUACAUCAUAUAUUUCCUCCAGAGCACGUAUUCAUUCUACAGAACUGAUGCACCAUUAGUACAAGUGGUUACCCUGUUAUGAAAUGUCAUCAUUGUUGAUUAUGAUGGUCGUCACUGAGAGAUUUGUCUUGAUAUUGUUUUAAUAAUGCCAUGCAAUGCUUUUCUU